AUGAGAAAGACUCUGCUACUCGUCUUUAUUCACGGCUUUAAGGGCGGCGAUGAUACUUUUGGCACGUUCCCUAAGCAUUUGCGCGUCCUCGCAAGCAAAGCACUUCCUGCGAUUGAGGUCGCCACUGCUGUCUACCCGAAGUAUGAGACUAAAGGCGACCUGAAAGAAUGCGUGGCGAGAUUGCGAGAUUGGUUGCAAGAUACUGUGAUUGAUCUCGAAGUUGCCAACCAUACCGCAUCGCCCACUGUCGAUCCCUCGGUCCAUGUUGUUCUCAUCGGUCACUCAAUGGGAGGGAUAGUAGGAGCGGAGGCUCUCCUUCUUUUGGCAGCGGAACAACCGAUUACUCGAAAUCCGACUUCAAAUACACAGCCCGGGUUGACAGGUUGUAUCGAAUCUAUCAUGGAACAGGGUACUUUCAUGUUCCCUCAUAUACAAGGAGUGAUUGCAUUUGAUACUCCAUUCCUGGGAAUAGCACCAGGAGUCGUUUCAUACGGCGCAGAAGGUCACUACCGCAAUGCUGCAACUGCCUACAACACCUUCUCCGAGGUUGCAGGAUUGUUCGGUUACGGUGGGAAGGGCGAUGUAUCAAACCAGGGAACCACCCAUGUACCCUCACAAAAGUCAGCCCAAGUAUUACCUUCCCCACCCGAUGCCGCUGCAAAACCUUCCUGGCAACGAUGGGGUAAGUAUGCUAUGUUCGCCGGCGCGGCUGGUGCUGUUGCCGCUGGCGGCGCAGCCAUGUAUACGCAGCGCCAGAAGCUCACAGAAGGGUUUGGAUGGGUAUCGUCGCACCUUGAGUUUGUCAGUUGUCUCGCGCGCACGUCGGAAUUGCACCAGCGUCUCGUGCAAUUGUCGAAUGUCAAAGAAGAACGUGGAAUUGGCGCACAUAUUACCAUGUUUCUGUCCAAAGAGAAUCCUGCAUUUUUCGCAAUGCUUAGUGAAGCGUGCGCGGUCUUGGUUAAGUCGAUAGACAAGGGCUGGUAUGAUUCAUCCACCGAUCCGACGAAGAAAGAUGACAUUAAGCAACCACGUGGAACACAAGACACAAAAGCCCAAACAGACGGGGGACUUCAUGGAUGGUGA